GCGCGCGCACUCGUUCGCGAGUAAUAAAUUACAACUCUAUGAUCGCGACACGCCGACCGUAGACCGUCUGAUAAUAAAUUAUUAUAAUAUUGUACACGACUGUCCACUGUGAAGAACGCCGUCGAAAAUACGCACGCACGCACGGAUUGUGUAGUGUUUACUCGUUUUCGGAUUAAUUUUAUACCUACUCGUAGGUAUCGAUAUAUCGUUGUUUUUGUUUUACAACUGUACGCCGCGACGCCAUCGGAGCCAUAUCGCAAGCAACCACCGGCGCCGUAAUAGUUGAUUUCAUAGUCGUGACUCUUGGACUAUCGCAGGUGUCAGCGUUCCCCUGUUCAGUUAUCGCUCGCCGAAUACGCGCACCGACGCCGCCGCCGCCGCCGCCGCCAUAUUAUAUUGUGCACCAUCCAGACGGCCAAAAAAUGUUAUAAUAGCUGCUAGUCCAUACUUCCGUGCCAUGUUCAUUAAUUUUGAUAUAAGUUAUGAAUAUUAUGAUCCUGGUCUUGACACAUGGACAUCAGUUGCACCAACGUCUGCACAUCACCAUAGUGUUGGUGUUGGAGUCUUGGAUGGUCUUAUGUAUGCUAUUGUUGGUUAUGAUGGAAAGUACCUUAAAAUUGUUGAGGUUUGUAGACCAAGUGAUGGAGAUUGGUCUUCUGUAGCUGAUAUGGAAAUACGCCGAAUGAGGCCAGGAGAAGUCGCAUUAGAUGGCUUGUUGUAUGUUAUUGGCGAAGAAGUGUUCAUCCACUAUAAAUACUAUAGAAAUUUACAACUAAUUUAUCACUAAUACUUGGAUCAUGGAGACAUUGUCAAGACUUGGAGUGCACAUUUGUGGUGGGUUAGUCGUUGAUAGACCACCACAUUAGUACUAAUCAGCAUACAGAAUGAUUUCACUGUUGUGGUAGUAAUAUGAACUUAUUUUUGUAUAAAUUAUGAUGAAAUGUGAUUUAUUCUUUAUAUUUUUGUCAAU